AUGCGAGGACUAUCGGUCGAGGACGCCUCAGUUGCAGCAGCAAAAUCCAAUGGGAUAUCAGCAAGCACGAGAUGUGAUUUAAUCAAGUCCUCUGCUAAACGCCCAAACCCCCCGAUGACGAGUAGUUUUAAGUACAAUGACAGUGAAUGCAUAUGCAAGUUAUUCAUUGUGUAUGACAGUGACCAGAAUCCUUUUCGGGGUCUAAUAUCUCUUGCUUUGGGUGAUUCAACCCUACUCAAGGCAAUUUUGGCCCUUGCAGCACGGCAUAACGCCAAUAGACGUUAUCUCUUCCGCCAGCCUCUAUUGGCGACAUUGCCUGCCUCGAGCAACUCCGACGAGGAUGCGCUUUUGUACAAAUGUCAAGCUAUUCAAGGGCUAUCACUUGCCUUAAACGAUGGUGCACCACGUAGGCAAGACACCAUAGCGGCUAGAUUGAAACACUCGGAGCAACAUUUGUACGCCCUAGGCUACUAUCCCAGUCCAUUCCGUUAG